AUGGCUAUUUUUAUUUUUUAGUUUUCAUAAAUAUUUUUAUAAUUUUCAAUAAAUGUUAAACUAACUAGUUGCAAUUUGGUGCUACUCUACAAAGUAAAAUAUGAGUAGGAAAAAAAUUAAAGGGUCUGGCUCAAUAGAUUUAAAAUCACAAGGUUCAGAUUCAGAGGUAAAAUCUCAAUUAAAGAUAGGACACUAUUUGCUUGGUGUCACUCUGGGUGCUGGAACUUUUGGAAAAGUAAAAGUUGGUAAGCACCAUAUAACUGGACACAAAGUGGCUAUAAAGAUUCUUAAUAGGCAAAAAAUUAAGUCUCUAGAUGUUGCUGGCAAAAUUCGACGGGAAAUACAGUUUCUAAAGUUAUUUCGUCACCCACAUAUAAUAAAACUAUACCAAGUGAUUAGCACCCCAUCUGAUAUUUUUAUGGUGAUGGAAUUUGUUUGUGGUGGAGAGUUGUUUGAUUAUAUACUUAAACAUGGAAAGCUUUCUGAACAAGAAGCAAGACGUUUUUUUCAACAAAUUAUAUCUGGUGUUGAUUAUUGUCAUCGCCACAUGAUAGUACACAGAGAUUUGAAACCUGAAAAUCUUUUGCUUGAUUCGCAUAAUAAUGUGAAGAUUGCUGAUUUUGGAUUGUCAAAUAUGAUGCGAGAUGGUGAAUUUUUAAAGACAUCGUGUGGAUCACCUAAUUAUGCAGCUCCUGAAGUUAUAAAAGGAGAUUUGUACGCAGGUCCAGAAGUUGACAUUUGGAGUUGUGGUGUAAUAUUGUAUGCAUUAUUAUGUGGUACAUUACCAUUUGAUGAUGAACAUAUCCCCACAUUAUUUAAAAAAAUAAGAUCUGGAGUUUUCGCCAUGCCAAAUUAUUUAUCAAGUCUUAUUGCUGGGUUAUUGACUGACAUGUUGCAAGUUGAUCCUAUAACAAGAAUUACAAUUGAUAAAAUCAAAUGUCAUUCCUGGUUCAAAAUUGAUCUUCCAGCUUAUUUAUUUCCUUCCACUGACAAUCAAGGAAAUCAACUAGACAAGGAAGUCAUUAGUGAAAUUUGUGAGAAAUUUGGUGUUAAUGAAAGCGAUUGUCUAAUGGAGCUAUCAAGCGGUGACCCGCAAAAUCAACUUGUUGUUGCUUACGAUCUUAUUUUAGAUAAUCGGCGUAUUAAUGCAGAAGCUCGUGUUGUCCAAGGUUUUGUGAAUCCUCCGAAAAAUAAUGUUGAAGGAGUUUCUGCAAACAUGGGGAGACUUGUUUUAACCCCAACAAAGACACGUUCUCUUUCUAUUCGAAAUGGUAAAAGACCACGAUGGCAUUUAGGAAUUCGUUCAAAAAGUCGCCCUUUUGAUAUCAUGGCAGAACUAUAUCGUGCUUUGAGAAAAUUAGGAUAUGAAUGGAAGAAUGUCAACUCUUUCUGUUUACGAACUCGAAAAAUAAGAAAGCGUGGACCAGGUUAUCUGAAAUUUACAACACAGCUUUAUAUGAUUGAUCAUACUGGUUAUUUACUUGAUUUCAAAAGCUUACCUCCAGAUUUCGAUGAUGACUUGAGUUUAGAUAUGGAUUUUGACUCAAAUCCAGGAAACUGUCACGAAGUGAUGGAGUUUUUUGAGGCAUGUUCUGAACUCAUAAUUGCUUUAGCGCGUUAAUUGUGAAUUAAUAGGGUUGUAGUGUGAAUAAAUUUUAACAAAUUGCGCAAUAUAGGUGCAAUGUUGCACGUUUUAAGUGCAAUAUUGUGUUACGGUGGUACCAGAAUGUUAAUUUUUUUUUAACUUCAAUAAGUCUCAAACUACUUCAAACUACUUCAACAACCGAGAAAAACGGAUUUUAUUUAGAAAAAGUUAUUAGUUUAAAAAUGUUUACUAUAAAUACUAAAAUUUGCAGUUUGGCUUUAUUGUGUGAAGAAAUUAUAUUCUAAGGGAGUUAAGUUAAAAAUAUAUGAUAAAAAUAAUAAUAUUAAAAAAAGCAUAAAAAUAAUAAAGCAAAGUUAGAAUAGAAAUAUCCCUAUACUCGCGUACCACUGUAAGGAAAAAAAUUUUAAAAGAUUUUAUUUGUGUUCAUAUCUUGUAUGUAAGUAUUUUUUAUUCAUCUCUUGUUAAUAUGUGAUUUAUUUUUUAAAGUCUA